ACGUAUUGGCGUUUUCUGUGUACUAUAAUUAUAUCUCCGGUACUAUAGACACAUUGCAUCAUUUUGUUUUAUGCUAGUCGUAAAGUUUUUACUGCGCGUGUCUGUAAACAUUUACAUAUUAUUGCAUCAGCGCCACUAUAUAGGCCUAAACACAACAAAAAACGUACGUUAUUUCGCCGGGAUCGUCUGUUCAAUUUCAACGACAGAAUUAUACUAGAUUUCACUGAUUUAGGAGAAAAAGGUUAUCAACAUGUGUGGUAUAUGGGCUGUGUUUGGCAGUGAUGACGAUGUGUCAGUACAGUGUAGUGCCGUGCACACCAUCACACACCGCGGCCCCGAUGCGUUCCGGAUCGAGAACAUCAACCACUUCCGCAACUGCUGCCUCGGCUUCCACCGCUUGGCCAUCGUUGACGACAUCCGCGGCAUGCAGCCCAUGAGGCUGUACACACACCCUCACAUCUGGCUCAUCUACAAUGGAGAAAUCUAUAACCACAAACUGCUCACCGAGGAGUUUGAUCUGAACAUCAGCACAGAGUGCGACGGUGAACCAAUAAUCCACCUGUAUGCCAAGUUUGGCGCAGAAUUCACUGCCAGUCAUCUUGAUGGGGUCUUCAGCUUCUGUCUUCUCGACACGGCAAACAGAAAGGUCAUCCUGGGUCGUGACUUGGCCGGCAUUCGACCAAUGUACAGACUCAUUACAGAGAAGGGAUUCCUCGCCGUGUGUUCUGAAGCAAAAGGUUUAUUUGGUCUUAGUCAUUGCUUCACGGACAAAGAUGCAGAUAUCCAGCCGUUUCCCCCCGGACAUGUGGAGGUAUAUGACCUUGACCAUUUGGGUCAUGCCCAGUUUAAAGAAAGAGCGAGAUAUCACAAGAUGGGGACGGAGCCAGUUUACAAAACUAUAUGUCCUCCAUUAACCGACAACAUUAAGAAGAACAUUGUGACGUGCUUAGAAGCAGCUGUAGAGAAGCGGAUGAUGGCCGACAGACGGAUUGGAUGUUUACUCUCAGGUGGUCUCGACUCCAGUCUAAUCACCGCGAUUGUUGUGAAGAAGGCGAAAGAGAUGAAAUUAACGUAUCCCAUCCAGACGUUUGCUAUUGGCAUGGAGGGAAGUCCUGAUUUAACUGCAGCUAAGAAGGUUGCCAAGUAUUUAGGAACUGAGCAUCACGAAGUAGUGUUCACACCAGAAGAGGGAAUCGUAGCCAUCAAGAAGGUUAUCUAUCACCUGGAGAGCUAUGAUAUUACCACCAUUAGAUCAUCUGUCGGCAUGUAUUUGCUGAGUGAGUACAUCAGCCGGAAAACGGACACCGUGGUGAUCAUGUCGGGGGAGGGGUCGGACGAGAUCGCACAAGGCUACAUCUACUUCCACAACGCGCCGUCGCCGUCUGCGGCCGAUGCCGAGAGUCGCAGACUUCUGGAGGAUUUGUACAUGUACGAUGUGUUGAGGGGAGACAGGACUACAGCAGCGUGGGGCCUAGAGAUACGAGUACCGUUCCUGGAUCAUCACUUCACCAGUUACUACCUCUCCAUCGAUGAAGAGCUACGAGUGCCCAAAAAGGGAAUAGAGAAGUACCUGCUUCGUUCAGCGUUUGAUUUCGGUGAUUUUCUACCCAAGGACAUACUGUGGAGACCCAAAGAGGCAUUCAGUGAUGGAGUGUCUCCCACCACAAGAUCCUGGCACGAUAUCAUUCAAGAACAUGUUGAGCAACAGAUUAACAGUCAGGAUCUCGAAGAAGCCUCUAGUCUGUUUCCACAUAACACACCAAGGUCGAAAGAAGCAUAUUAUUACAGAACGGUUUUCGAGAAACACUUUCCUGGAAAAUCAUUCUGGAUUCCCUACUACUGGAUGCCAAAGUGGUCGAAAUCAGAUGAUCCGUCUGCUAGGACACUGAAGCACUAUAAAUAAACUUACUUGUCUUAAUUUAAAUUAAUUUACAUUUUCAUCCUGCUAAUAGGGCAAUAGGAUCAUUAUACUCCAUUAUGUGUUAAUCUUAUAGUUGUUGGAAGGGUCGUUUAAACAUAUAUUUCUGUCCUAAAGACUAUGAAUUAUAAA